GGGAGCGGGCUGUCUUAAUACUUCAUUCUUAAGAUUACUCCUCGAAAGUCGAAAGUAUAUACUCUCUUCAUCACUACUGACUGUAGAAUCAGAAACUAAAACAAAAUAUGGGAAAAUGGUGGAGCUCUUGGUUGCCUUUAAUGGCGGUGGUGAUGAUGUUUCUACAUGCGAAUCUUAUCAGCGGGGAAGAUCCUUAUAGGUUCUAUACUUGGAAUGUUACAUAUGGUGAUAUGUACCCUCUCGGUGUCAAACAACAGGGGAUAUUAAUAAAUGGGCAAUUUCCAGGACCACCAAUUGAGUGUGUGACCAAUGACAACUUGAUUAUCAAUGUUUUCAACAAUUUGGAUGAGCCCUUUCUCAUUUCCUGGAAUGGCGUCGAGCAGAGGAGAAAUUCAUGGCAAGAUGGAGUCUAUGGUACUAAUUGUCCCAUACCACCGGGCAAUAACUUCACUUAUGUUCUCCAAGUCAAGGAUCAGAUUGGUAGUUUCUAUUACUUCCCUUCCCUUGCCUUCCACAAAGCAGCAGGAGGGUUCGGUAGCAUAAAUAUCGCCAGUCGCUCUGUGAUUCCAGUUCCUUUUCCUCCUCCGACUGGAGAGUUCUCCAUACUUACUGGAGAUUGGUUCAAACAAAACCACAAUGACCUCAAAGCAAUUUUGGACAGUGGGCACGAUCUUCCCUUCCCUGACGGGCUUCUUAUCAACGGACGUGGAUCGAAUGGUUAUACAUUCACCGUAGAUCAAGGAAAGACUUACAGAUUGAGGAUAUCAAAUGUUGGGCUUACAACUUCCAUCAAUUUCAGAAUCCAGGGGCAUAAAAUGAUGGUGGUUGAAGUAGAAGGGACUCACACUGUGCAAAAUACAUAUGAUUCCCUUGAUAUCCAUUUGGGACAGUCCUACUCGGUAUUGUUAACAGCAGACCAACCUGCAAAAGAUUACUACAUAGUUGUCUCGACACGUUUCACAUCCCAGGUUCUCACAGCUACGUCUACUCUUCGUUAUAGUAACUCAGCCGGAAGUGUUUCUGGCCCUCCUCCCAGUGGACCAACAACAGAAAUUGACUGGUCUCUCAAUCAGGCCCGAUCUCUCAGGCGUAAUCUAUCAGCUAGUGGGCCGAGACCUAACCCCCAGGGUUCCUACCACUACGGAUUGAUCAACACCACACGCACAAUUAGGCUCGCGAAUUCAGCUCCAAUCAUCAACGGGAAGCAAAGAUAUGCUAUCAACAGUGUGUCAUUUGUUCCAGCAGAUACACCACUUAAACUUGCUGAUCACUUCAAUAUUCCUGGGGUUUUUACCCUUGGAAGCAUUCCGGAUAGCCCUACAGGUGGUGGUGCUUACCUUCAGACAUCCGUUAUGGCUGCUGAUUUUCGAGCUUAUACUGAGGUUAUCUUUGAGAAUUUAGAAGACAGUGUGCAAUCUUACCACAUCGAUGGCCACCAUUUUUUCGUUGUAGGGAUGGGUGGAGGAGAGUGGACUCCUGCAAGCAGAUUAACAUACAACUUAAGGGAUACGAUUUCUCGUUCAACUGUUCAGGCGUAUCCGAAGUCUUGGACUGCACUUUACAUGCCAUUAGAUAAUGUGGGAAUGUGGAAUAUAAGGUCUCAGAACUGGGCUCGCCAAUAUUUAGGACAACAGUUUUAUCUGCGAGUUUAUUCCCCUGCAAAUUCCUGGAGAGACGAAUAUCCAAUUCCCAGCAAUGUCCUUCUUUGUGGUAGAGCAUCAGCCCGAGGAAUUUUGAACUAAUAAUUGGAACAAUUUGCAGAACUGCUACAUGAAGGUGGCUAGCAUCAUAUUAAAUUUAAAUAGGGAUUUAUCUGCAAAUAAUAAAUGCAGUUGGAGUCUCUCUUUUCUUUUAUAUAAGUUGUUACAGAUGUGCUCAUUGAACUAAUGCGAUUCUUGAUUUUAUUUAGUUGUCUUUGGCUUCA